AUGACAAGUCGAAACAGGAAAAUGUGGUCGCCUGCUUUGAUCUUGUUUGUAAUUCCUGCAUCCUGCACCAUUCGCCUGAAGCAACCUUCCGGAGAGUUCUUUUCCCCGAACCACCCUCUGCAAUAUCCAGCGGGCAGCAAUGAGUCCUGGGACAUCUCUGCACCGAGUGGUUACGUUGUGAAAGUUUAUAUCCCUUACUUGGACAUUGAACGAUCGGAAGGGUGUUGGAGCAGCCACUUACAGAUUCUUUCAGAGGGAAGGGAGCUGGCCAAGCUGUGUGGCAAAUGGGAAGAUGAUGGUAGCAAUCCGGAACUGCAUGAGUACUAUUCCACCAGUAACACACUGAGAGUCUUGUUCACAUCGAAGGAUCUUGAAUCCAAGCCGUUUACUGGAUUUCUAGCGCUCUACUCUCAUGUUGAUGUCAACGAGUGUGCCGUUGAUGACAAUGGAUGUAGCCAUUACUGCGGGAACACGAUAGGUAGCUACCACUGCUACUGUCCUCGUGGCUUUGUCAUUCAGACCGACACACGGACUUGCAAGAAAGUACAAGUGUUCUGCCCCAAUUGGGUGCUACAGAACAGUAUCCUAGAACCCUCUUGGCCGAAGUUCGAUGUUCGAGAUACUGUGAAGGUAACCUGUGAACCAGGAUAUGAAAUUGUCAAGGGCUAUCAGACAAUCCCGCACUUUUAUGCAGAAUGUCAAGAAGACGGGACUUGGAAGACUCCAGGGUACAGCUGCCAACUUGUGGAUUGUUCAGUUCCACCAUCAAUUGAGAACGGGCGGUUUGUGUUUAUCACUGAAGCAGCCGUGACCACCUAUAAAGCGAUAAUUCAAUACCAGUGCAAUGAGCCUUAUUAUCAACUGCAGACAGACCAUAAUCGAGACUUCCACUGCACGGUUGAAGCAACAUGGGAAAAUAAUGCGACAGGCCAAGUCCUCCCGAAAUGCACCCCAGUGUGUGGAAAGCCUAGCAAUCCAGUGAUCUUUGGUGAGAGAGUUCUCAAGGGAUCGGUGGCGAAGAGGGGCAACUUCCCCUGGCAGGUGCUGAUCCAGAAACCGAGGGGAGCCGGGGCACUCAUCACGGACCAAUGGGUGCUGACGGCUGCCCAUGUGGUCCACAAGACAUCCGGCCUGUCCAUGAUCGCGGGCAUCACCGACACCAGGAAGGCGAGGGAGGGUACUCGCCUGGUCGCCGACGAGGUCUUCGUCCACCCAGGUUACUGCCCACCACAGGACGGGGCCUACAACUACGACCACGACGUGGCCCUGGUCCGCCUGAAGUCCAAGGUCCGGCUGGGACCCGACCUCUCGCCGAUCUGCCUGCCAGCCCGCCAUGCUCGCCAUGCUCUGCCCGCCGGCAAGGUGGGGUUGGUAUCCGGCUGGGGGGUGACCGAGAAUGACACGCUGCCUGAUGAGCUCAUGUAUGUCCGGCUGCCGGUGAAGGACCUAUGGGUGUGCAGCAACGAGACAUCCAGCCUCCGCGUCACCGUCACCGACAACAUGAUCUGCGCUGGUGACGAGAGAGGGGCAGACAGCUGCCAGGGCGACAGCGGGGGGGCGUUCGUCUUCGCCCGUCCCAAACCCCGACGCAAUGAGUUCUUCGUGGGCGGCAUCGUCUCGUGGGGAGUCAACUGCGGCACCUUCGGUUUCUACACCAAAGUGGCCAACUACCUGGACUGGAUUGAGGAAACAAUGAGGGAUAAUGAGCCUCUUCCGGCUCUGCUCGUACUGUGGGCUUUAAUCACCACCGGUACAUCAGCUGAGUCGAACCAGUCCAGUGUGUUUGGCGAGAUUUUCUUGACAAAUUACCAACACAACGAUGCCAGGGCUUGGGACAUCGCAGUCCCACCAGGAUUUGCUGUGAGAUUUCAUUUCCACCACUUUGAUUCGUUGACAUCUCGGCCAUGUAAGCAGCACUAUUUAGAGGCUUUUGCUGGGAGACAGCGACUGGGCAGACUUUGCGGCAAUAGAACAUUAGUCCGAUUGCACCAUCCAAGCUCAAAAUUGACAGCGUCCGGUAACCACAUUGUUAAAUUACGCGUGCAUUGCAAUUCACCCAACCAGAACAGCAGACGAGGAUUCACCCUGUUUUAUGAAACUGUUGAUAUUGAUGAAUGUGGCUUUCGAUGGAAAGUGGAGACAGCGUGUGACCAUUUUUGCCACAAUUACAUUGGAGGAUACCAGUGCUACUGUCGCCAAGGAUACAGUCUCCAGAGCGACAAGAAGACAUGCAAAGUCACAGACUGCGGCCCCCCUGCUGAUCUCGAAAGUGGAAGCUACGAGUAUGUCAACGGGCAUAAUGUGACCCUGCUCCACUCAGUCGUCAGAUACAAGUGCGAGGAGCCGUAUUACACAAUGGCCAGCGAAGGAGAUGGGCUGUAUACGUGCCAAGCGAAUGGGAAAUGGAUGAAUAGCAAUUCAGUUGAUGUCCUACCCACGUGCAAGCCAGUCUGUGGAAAACCGACAGCGCCUCCAUCUCUGACCCAGCGCAUUUUCGGGGGCCACCCUGCCGAGGUGGGGAGCUUCCCCUGGCACGUCUACUUCGAAACCACUGUGUGUGGCGGGGCCCUGGUGUCCGACCGCUGGGUACUGACCAGCGCCACGUGUGUGGAGGGCGCCGGGGAGCUGCGCAUGUUCGCCGGCGGCACUGACCGGAACUCCCCGGCCGGUUGGAGCCUUCUCGAGGCGCAGGAGAUCGUCCCGCACCCAGGGUUCGGGGGCGCUGGGCACCGGGCCAAUUUCGACGGUGACGUGGCACUGGUGAAGCUCAAGAGCCGUGUCAGGGCGGGGCGGCACCUCUCUCCCAUCUGCCUGCCCACCAGGCACCCCAGGUACCAAACGAAGGUGGGCAAGGUGGGCUACAUCUCCGGGUUCGGCAAGACGGAGCGUUUCGCCCAGAGCGACGUCCUCUUGCUCGCCGCCGUGCCUGUGGCAGAGAUGUCGCGGUGCAGGAACCUCACCUCCUCUGCCCGAGGUGCCCAGUUCACCAACAACAUGCUGUGUGCCGGGAGCCCUGGCAUUGAUGCCUGCACCGGGGACGGGGGAGGUGCCUACGUGUUUGAGGAUCCCCUGAGAUCUGACACCUACUACAUCGCCGGCAUAGUAUCCUGGGGGAUCCAGUGCGGGGCCUACGGGAUCUACACCAAUGUCAUUAACUACCUUGACUGGAUUAAGAGGACGAUAAGUGGAACAGAGGCUGAGGAAGGUGUCAAAAGUGAUCAAAUAAAUUCCCUGCUGAGAUAACCCACACCGGAGAUCUGUGAUGCCAUUUGUCAAUAAAAAACCUUUGAUAAAGCAAA